AUGCGACCCACAACCUAUGGCUCGUUUUGUAAGGGUAUUGUAACUUCAAUAGGACCAACGACAAACAAAUUUAACCUUUGUAAUAAAUUAUCAGAUGCAAGAGUUUCUAGCCUCGUUACACGGAAUUCUUUGGAAUUAACGAAACUUGGUUCUGAUAAGUGUGCCAAUUUUCCGAAAAUUAUUAGGGAAUAUGCGACUUCAGCACCCGGACAGUUUAAAACAUAUAAACCUGUGUCACCAGGACGUCGAUGGCUUCGUCGUCCAAUCAACGACCAUUUGUUCAAAGGAAGACCAGUCAAGAAACUCACAAUACCCUUACGUAAGUCUGGCGGACGUAACGUGCAUGGACAUAUCACGGUAAGGCACCGUGGUGGAGGGCAUAAGCGUCGAAUUAGAUUAGUAGAUUUCAAAAGGUGGGAUCCUGGUCCGCAAGAAGUUCUUCGUAUCGAGUAUGAUCCAAAUCGAUCGGGGCAUAUUGCUUUAUUAAGGCACAAAGAAACCAGGAAACUUUCUUAUAUACUCGCGCCACAUGGUCUUGAAGUCGGAUCGAUCGUCGAGUCUUUUCGUACGGCGCCAAAGGUUAAUGCCGAUAAGAAAUUACAAGCUACAACCACAACCUCGUCAGCUGAAGAGAUUUAUGAUCCAGCAAUUUCGCGUAUGGCCAGAAUAGUCAAAGGAAAUUGCCUGCCGUUAAGAAUGAUACCAGUGGGCACCUUAAUUCAUUGUGUUGGCCUUAAACCUAACGGCGCGGGAAUUUUGUGUCGCGCUGCUGGCACUUCAGCUCAAGUUGUGCAAACUGGGGAAAAAGGAUAUGCGCAAAUUCGACUCAAAUCUGGUGAAGUUCGCCUGAUUCAUGUUGAAUGUUGCGCUUCUAUUGGUACCGUGUCAAAUCCUGAUCAUCAACAUCGUAUGCUCGGAAAAGCGGGUCGGUCUCGAUGGUUAGGGCGAAGACCAACGGUUAGAGGUGUGGCGAUGAACGCAGUUGACCAUCCUCACGGUGGUGGACGUGGUAAAAGUAAAAGUAAUCGUCAUCCUGUGAGUCCUUGGGGUGUUUUGGCUAAAGGUGGUAAAACUAGAAGACAACCGAAUAAAUGGGUUGUUAAGCAGAGAGCGCGAAGAUGA